CUUCACACGGACGUAGCUCAGUUACUGGAACUAUAAUCGAAGGAGUUUUGUAUCUGGACAAAACGAUUUCAGUUUAAACGAGCGUUUCUUAAAACCCUAAGUGUUGUUCUGAGUCUUCCGGUUAGCUUAGCUGUUAGCUUAGCUGCCUGAAGAAGAAGACGCUGUUUUUAUUUGAUACGGGGGGUCCAACAUGGCGGACAUGUACAUUAAACCAGGUAACCAGGAGCGGGGAUGGAACGACCCCCCUCAGUUUUCGUACGGCCUUCAGAUGGCCCGCGGACCACAGAGGAACCUCCUGAACCAGAGAGCAGCUCCAGGUGCAGGAGCCUCCCCCAUGACUCCUCCCUCUUCUAGUCCCCUGGCUCCACCUCCAAAUGGUGUAGCUCCACCCCCUCUACACCCAGCUCAUCCUCCUCCUGCCAGUGUGGCCGCGCCUCCUCCCCCUCUGGGACCAAUGAGAAGUCAGAGAGAGGCCAACAGCAGCCGAUCGGAGAGUGAGCCUGACAUCGAGGGCGUGGUGUUGGUGUUGAACCAGGCGCUCGCUGCCUGCAGACAGACUGUUAAAGAUCAGGUGUGUAAUGAUGUGGCGAAAAGGCUCCGCCUCCUGGAGGACAGCUGGAGGUCGGGCAGAUUGAGCCUACCUGUCAGGAGACGUAUGGACACCCUGUCUCUGGAGUUACAGUCAGGUCGAUGGGACUCAGCUGAUGAGAUCCAUCGCUCCCUGAUGGUUGAUCAUGUGACUGAAGUCAGUCAGUGGAUGGUUGGUGUCAAACGACUCAUCGCAGAGACCCGAAAACUGAGUCCAGAACUCUUAGAACCACUUCACAAACCUGCAGGACCAGUUGAGGACUCUGCAGAACCAGGCCAGGGCCCCACAGAACCAGUCCAGGAGCCAAAAGGACCAGUGGAGGACUCUGCAGGACCAGUCCAGGGCCCCACAGAACCAGUCCAGGGCCCCACAGAACCAGUCCAGGAGCCAACAGGACCAGUGGAGGACUCUGCAGAAGCAGUGCAGGACCCAGUCUCCCAGUCGUGAUCUGUUCCUGCAGGAAUUGUCAGAUUUCCUUCUAUUCUCAAAAAACUUUGACUCUUCAAACCAAAAUCAGGAUAUGGAUCUGAUAAUCCUUCCCAUCAGAUUCACACUUCAGCAGGGGGUCAAAGGUCAGUCCCAGGAGGUGGGGGUGUUGUUGCAGUGGGUUGUUUAUGUACAUUGAAGCAGGGUUGGACACAUUUGUCUGGUCUCCGUAAUCUAGAUCAGGGUUUUUCAAGUGUCAAGUUGAUGUGUGCAGUUGGGGGGGGGGGGCGUUAAAGGGGAGGCGAGGAUAGUCAGGUCAGGUUACCUUGAUUUUGUCUGAGGGGGGGCAACAGUGUCAGACUUUGAAAACCCCUGCUUUAGACUCUGGACCCUGUAGACCUGGACUCCUGGAUUCUCUGAACUCCAAAGGCUAGUCUCUGGACUCGACUCAGCAACAUCAUAGUAAUCACCCAGAAGAACCUAGCACCCCGCCCCGCCCCCUGAACGUGACCCGUUCCUGACUCUGCCUGUAACAGUCUAAGGUCAUGUGACAGUUCCACCAAUCACAGCAGAGCUCUGCAUUGACCUCGGUUGAAGGAAGUGAUGACGUCAUUGUCGCCAUGAAUCUGAUGUGGGAAUAAAUCUCUUUCUCUUCUUUCA